AGAUAUGCGAUCAGCACUUCCGGGUCGCCAUGUUGGUUUGGUGUGCCGUUACAUCAGUCCAGUGACAGAGCUGUCACUAUUAUGAGAAGAACCCUCUGACCACGAUGAAGCAGUGAGCUUUAACAAGCAGACACCCUUAAGAGCAUCAUGCUGGCCCGUCUUUUUCGGCUCCACGGCCUGCUGGUGGCCUCCCACCCGUGGGAGGUGAUCGUGGGGACCCUGGCCGUCACCAUCUGCCUCAUGAACAUGAACAGCUUCUCCACCAGCAGUCAGAUGUGCAGCUGGGAUAACUGCCCCAAGGUGAAAGAGGAAGUCCCCAGUAGUGAUAUCAUCAGUUUGACCAUCACUCGCUGCAUGGCCAUUAUUUAUAUCUACUUCCAGUUUAAGAACCUCUUACAGCUGGGAUCCAAAUAUAUUCUGGGUAUUGCCGGAUUGUUUACAGUAUUUUCUAGCUUUGUUUUUAGUACAGUGGUUAUCCACUUCUUUGGGAAAGAGCUGACAGGUCUGAAUGAAGCUCUGCCCUUCUUUCUCCUGCUCAUCGACCUUUCCAAAGCAUGCACAUUGGCUAAAUUUGCCCUCAGCUCCAACUCUCAGGAGGAGGUGAGGGAGAACAUAUCUAAAGGCAUGGCUAUCCUAGGCCCCACAUUCACCCUGGAUGCACUUGUUGAAUGUCUGGUUAUAGGAGUUGGUACCAUGUCAGGCGUUCCUCAGUUGGAGAUCAUGUGCUGUUUCGGCUGCAUGUCUGUUCUGGCCAACUACUUUGUCUUUAUGACCUUCUUCCCAGCGUGUGUCUCUCUAGUGCUGGAGCUAUCAAGGGAGAGUCGUGAAGGCCGGCCCAUCUGGCAGAUGAGCCACCUGGCUCAUGUUCUGGCUGAGGAAGAAGAUAACAAGCCCAAUCCUGUCACCCAAAGGGUUAAAAUCAUUAUGUCUCUUGGUUUGGCCUUGGUCCACGGCCUCACUCGCUUAACAGCCGAGCACGCAGCUCACAAUCGUACAGUAGAGGGGCCGAUGGAGAGGCUGGAAUCAGCCGGUACCGUGUGGCCUCAGAAAGUCACGAGCGUGGAACUGGAGCACGUGAUAACCCUCAGUCUGGCGCUUCUUCUGGCUGUUAAAUACGUCUUCUUUGAGCAAGCGGACACAGAGUCCUCCCUGUCUCUCAGGGGUCCAAUCAACGCCGCCUCCCAGAUCCAGAAGCCCCGCGCUGCAGAGGACUGCUGCAGGAGGGACCAGUCGGCUCCCAAACCCCAGAGAAGCUCAACCGACGUCUUAGCAACCAGUGCUUGUUCCUCAGACGUAACAAAAUCAAUGGAAGAGAAACACUGCGACUUUUUGGAGGAGAGCUCUGAUCAGGCAGGCAGUGCUCCUCCAAGCUGUGGACCAGAACUGCGCUCAGUGGAGGAAUGUUUGGCCAUCCUCUCAGAUCCUCAGAGAGGUCCUAAAAUGCUGACGGAUGCCGAGGUGAUGAACCUGGUGAGCUUGUCUAAGAUCCAGAACUACAAACUGGAAGGAGUCCUGGAGACUCCAGAAAGGGGCGUGGCCAUUAGGCGGGAAAUGUUGUCGACUAAACUGCCCGUCAGCUCUGCUCUGGCUUAUCUCCCCUACAAAGACUACGACUAUUCAAAGGUGAUGGGCGCCUGCUGUGAGAAUGUCAUCGGCUACAUGCCGGUGCCAGUGGGAGUGGCUGGCCCUCUGCUUUUGGACAAGCAGCAGUUCCACGUCCCCAUGGCGACCACCGAGGGCUGCCUGGUGGCCAGCACAAACAGAGGCUGCAGGGCGAUCUGGCUGAGCGGAGGCUGCAACAGCAGGAUCCUGGCCGACAGCAUGACCAGGGGUCCUGUGGUGAGGCUGCCCUCUGCAUGCCGGGCUGCAGAGGUCAAAAUCUGGCUGGAGACCUCGGAUGGAUUCAGCAUGGUCAAAGAAGCCUUCGAUGAGACCAGCAGGUUUGCUCGUCUGGAGAAACUGUUGGUGUCUGUGGCUGGAAGAAACCUUUAUGUUCGCUUCCAGUCUCAGACGGGGGACGCCAUGGGCAUGAACAUGCUGUCUAAGGGGACGGAGCAGGCUCUGUCUCGAUUAAAGCAGCACUUUCCAGACAUUGAGGUUCUGUCCGUCAGCGGUAACUAUUGCACCGACAAGAAGUCUGCUGCUAUUAACUGGAUCUUAGGCCGGGGGAAGUCUGCAGUGUGUGAAGCCACCAUCCCUGCCAAAGUAGUCAAGGAGGUGUUGAAGAGCAGCACGGCGGCUCUGGUGGAUCUGAACAUCAGUAAGAACCUGGUGGGCUCAGCCAUGGCCGGGAGCAUUGGAGGCUUCAACGCUCACGCUGCAAACAUCGUAGCUGCCAUCUACAUCGCCUGUGGACAGGAUCCAGCUCAGACUGUGGGAAGCUCCAGCUGUAUCACUCAGAUGGAGGCCGCCGGUCCGAGUGGCGAGGACCUGUACAUCAGCUGCACCAUGCCCUCCAUAGAGCUGGGCACCGUGGGAGGAGGCACCAUCCUGCCGCCGCAGCAGGCCUGUCUGCAGAUGCUCGGCGUUACGAGCCCCAAGCAGCCGGGUGAGAACGCCUGCCAGCUGGCGCGUGUCGUCUGCGCCACCGUCCUGGCGGGGGAGCUCUCUCUGAUGGCCGCUCUGGCCGCCGGACAUCUCGUCAAAAGUCACAUGACUCACAACAGAUCUAAAACCAACCUAUCAGAGAUGGCUUUUCCAAAGCCUGAAACGACGGUCCCCAAACGCUGAAGCUUUUGAUUGGAGGUCAUUAAGCCGCUGAAAACACGGCCGUCAUCGUCCUGCUUCGAGCUCCGCCCACCUGACUGCAAAUUUCUGUUACCGUUACUAAUGUGCCAUUUAUCUACAUCUGCCAUAUUUAGCCGGAUCAAUCAAUCAACAGACUGAAUCUCUGAAAUGUUUGAACUGAUGAAAAUGAUUCUGGUGCCUCUUGAUAAAGGCCAAACAAUGACUUCUGGGUAAUUAUCAGCACGGUUUGUAAACGUCAAAUCAGUCUGAGUUUAUCUCCCAAAAAAAAGCUUUUUGGAAACAUCCCUGCUGAUGUGAGGUGAUUUGUGUCUAUUUAAAACCCUGAAUGUCUGUUUUACCGUCAGUGUUUCUCUGCCUGAUUAAAGCGCUGCUGUAUACUGUGUAUACCGAGUAGCAGCCAUGUUUGGUUCUCACCCUGAUCCACUAACUAGCUGUUACUGGUGGGUCUGUUUGGAGGCAAACUAUAUUUAUUUUUUAGUGUUUUCUGAGUAUUAGAUUUCUUGGGGCGGUGAAUGUUACAGAAUGGCUGUAGUGUCUCAGUGAUUAAUAGAUCCGGUUCUAUCGUCAUCCUCAGAAGUUGCCUUAUGUAUUACAAGUGGAACUUGACCGUGCUUUAGGUAGAAUAUCCAAUUCAGAGAAAUCUCUUACACGUGUAAUCUAGUCAUCAAAAUAAACACUACCUUUCUA